ACGCCUUCCCAGGGAGGCCUAUAAGGGCGCGGGGGGGAUGAGGCCCUGGAGGGGAGCAGGGCCUCACCAGCCACGUCCUCAUGGCUCUGCUGAUCCUGCUGCUUCUGGGCCUCCUGGGGCUCUGGGGGCUGCUCCAAGCCUGGGCCCAAGACCCCUCCCCAGCCCCACGGUGGCCCCCGGGGCCUCGCCCACUGCCACUCAUCGGGAACCUACACUUGCUGCGUCUGUCGCAACAGGACCAGUCCCUGAUGGAGCUCUCAGAACGCUACGGGCCGGUGUUCACCGUGCACCUGGGGCGCCAGAAGACGGUGGUACUGACGGGGUUUGAGGCAGUCAAGGAGGCGCUGGCGGGCCCAGGGCAGGAGCUGGCUGACCGGCCUCCCAUCGCCAUCUUCCAGCUCAUCCAGCGAGGUGGAGGCAUCUUCUUCUCAUCCGGGGCACACUGGAGGGCUGCCCGCCACUUCACUGUGCGUGCUCUGCACAGCCUGGGCGUGGGCCGGGAGCUGAUGGCUGACAAGAUUCUGCAGGAGCUGAAAUGCCUCUCAGAGCAGCUGGAUGGCUACGAAGGCCGGCCCUUCCCGCUGGCCCUGCUAGGCUGGGCUCCCUCCAACAUCAUCUUCACGCUCCUCUUUGGCCGCCGGUUCGACUACCGGGACCCUGUGUUCGUGUCCCUCCUGGGUCUCAUCGAUGAGGUCAUGGUCCUCUUGGGGUCCCCCGGCCUGCAGCUCUUCAACAUCUACCCCUGGCUUGGGGCCCUGCUCCAGCUGCACCGGCCCGUCCUAUGCAAGAUAGAGGAGGUCCAAGCCAUUCUGAGGACCCUCCUGGAGGCGCGGCGGCCCCACGUGCGCCGGGGGGACCCUGUGCGCAGCUAUGUGGACGCCCUGAUCCAGCAGGGACAGGGGGAUGACCCUGAGAGCCUGUUUGCUGAGCCCAACGCAGUGGCCUGCAUCCUGGACAUGGUCAUGGCCGGGACGGAGACGACCUCGGCCACACUGCAGUGGGCUGCACUUCUGAUGGGCCAGCACCUGGAUGUGCAGGGCCGGGUGCAGGAGGAGCUGGACCGUGUGCUGGGCCCUGGGCGGCCUCCCCGGCCGGAGGACCAGCAGGAGCUGCCCUACACCAGCGCCGUGCUCCACGAGGUCCAGCGCUUCAUCACGCUCCUGCCGCAUGUGCCCCGCUGCACCACUGCUGACACGAAGCUGGGCGGCUUCCUGCUUCCCAAGGGCACACCCGUGAUUCCCCUGCUGACCUCGGUGCUCCUGGAUGAGACACAGUGGCAGACCCCGGGCCAGUUUAACCCGGGCCACUUCCUGGAUGCAGAUGGGCACUUUGUGAAGCGGGAGGCCUUCUUGCCAUUCUCUGCAGGCCGCCGUGUCUGUGUCGGAGAGCGCCUGGCCAGGACUGAGCUCUUCCUGCUGUUUGCUGGCCUCCUGCAGAGGUACCGCCUGCUGCCCCCGCCUGGAGUCAACCCAGCCUCCCUGGACACCACGCCUGCCCGGGCUUUUACCAUGCGGCCGCAGGCCCAGGUUCUGUGUGCGGUGUCCAGGCCCUAAGGGUUCCCCCAGCUGCCAGGUUCUCCCAACCACUCCCCUCCCAGCCCGAGUCCUCCCACCCACUCCCCUCCCAGCCCCUGAGUCCUCUCGCUCACUCCCCUCUCAGCCCCCAGCUAAGACUGUUCUAGGGGUGCCCUGAGGACUCCCACCCCACCCCCACAGGGUCAGCAGCUGCCUCCAGCUACACCCAGGCCUCCCCCUACCCGACCCUGUGGGACCCCCACCCCUCUGGUGCUGCUGUGGCUCAGUCCCUGCCAGCCCCCAGGAGCGCCUCUGGGGCCCUGCCUGCUCUCCCACUCCCGAAGCUGCGCCCUCACCUACCCAGUUCCCCCCAGGGCCCCUCAGCUCCUCCCCAGCACCUGCAGCUGGGGCUGCAGGGAGACAGCGGUGGCCUCAUCCAGCCAGAAACGGGCACAGAUGCAUGUCCUCAGCAUGUGAGCCCUGCACCCACCAGGUCCUGGGGCUCCUGCAGACUCUCCUCUGGUCCUGCUCCUGGGCGGUUGUGCCUGGAGGGAGUUGGCCUGCAGUGCCAGAUCUGAGCCAAGCCACUGGGGCCACCCUUGGUCCUCCAGGAGCGUGACGGGAGCAGGGAGGUGAAGCCCACAUUCUCCUUCAGAGACGGGCAAUGGGAGCUGGAGGCUCCUGGGUCUGCUUAUUUCCUGGGGACCUGAGCAGACCUAUCCACCCUGGGCUCAGUUUUCCCCUCCAUGAAGUGGGUGAUGGUGACCCUGGGACCAGCAGGCUUUGCCAGGAAGGCGUAGGGUGCUGAGGCAUUGCAGACUAAGCGCUGUCCAUCAAGGGUCUGGCUGGGACCAGCAGCAUCCCAGGAAGGAUGGAGGUCACUGUGGAGGGAGGGCCGCAGGGGCAGCCCCUGACUCCAGGAGGGUCACUAUGUGUUAAGCGCUCCCAGGCAGGGGCCACAGGAGGGACAUGGUGGACAGAGAUGCCCCAGGCAGGUCCUUCAGCACCCAAGCUCAGGGGACCCACCUGGCACCUCCACACCCUAGCCCCGGGGAAGCCAUGGAGUCCCUUUAGUGGCAGCCAGGCCGGUCGUGGGACGGCCCACACCCCGAAGGCAAGAUCCACCCCUGCUUGGGGGCUUCGCCAACCCCAGCCUCUGUGGGAUCUCAUGUAUCCGAAAUUCACACUGAAUGAGGUCCUGUCUUGUGUCUGGAAA